AAGAUGAGUUACGGAUCUGAAUCGUUUUCCGCCUCUUCCUACCGAAGGAUUUUCGGGGAAUCUCCCCGUUAUUCUUCCUCCCCGGCACGAACUACCAUGACUUCGCGCGGGGCUUACCGGUCCACCUCUCUGUCUCGGAGCAGUGCCUCAUCAGUGGGCGCCUACAAUAGAAAGUCCGGAGGUCGCUCAUUUUCUUCUAUGCCCCUGGAGAGCUUCGACCUGAAUCAGAGUAGCAUCCUUAACAAUGAGUUUAAGAUCGUCCGCACUAAUGAGAAGGAGCAGAUGCAAGGUCUAAAUGACCGUUUUGCGAUGUUCAUUGAAAAAGUGCGCAACUUGGAACAGCAGAACAAAGUCUUGGAGACGGAGCUGGUUGCGCUGCGCCAGAGGCAGAGUGAGCCGUCCCGCCUGGCUGAGCUCUACCAACAGGAGAUCCGCGAGUUGCGCUCCCAAAUUGAGGAACUCAACGGAGAGAAAUCCCAGCUUCUGAUCGACAGAGACAACGUUGAGGACGAUCUCCAGAAGGUCCGAGUUAAGUACGAAGAAGAGUUCCGUGCGCGUGAGGACGCGGAGGCUGCGCUCAAAGCUUUUAAGAAAGAUGUGGACGAUGCCACCAUGGUGCGUCUGGACCUGGAGAAGAAGGUCGAGUCCCUGUUGGACGAAAUUAACUUCCUCCGAAAGGUGCAUGAGGAGGAGGUGGCCGAGCUGACCGACAUGAUCCAGGCUGCGCAGGUCUCUGUAGAGAUGGAGGUGGCCAAACCAGACCUGACCUCCGCCCUUAAGGAAAUCCGCGGCCAAUACGAGUCCAUGGCCUCAAAGAACCUGCAGUCUGCGGAGGAGUGGUACAAGUCCAAGUUUGCAGACCUGUCUGAGCAGGCCAACCGCAGCAACGAGGCGAUCCGCGCAAGCAGGGAAGAAGUUAACGAGUUCCGCAGGCAGCUGCAGUCCAGGACCAUCGAGAUUGAAGGUCUGAGGGGUACCAACGAGUCUCUGGAGAAGCAGCUUCGUGAAAUGGAGGACAGGCAUGCGAUGGAAAUCGCAGGAUAUCAGGAGAACAUGGCAGAGCUUGAGAAUGAGUUGAGGACCACUAAGACUGAGAUGGCUCGUCAUCUGAGGGAAUACCAGGAGCUGCUGAAUGUUAAGAUGGCACUGGAUAUCGAAAUUGCAGCAUACAGGAAGCUGCUUGAGGGAGAGGAGACCCGCAUUGGGACAGGGAUCACCUACUCCACCCCUUCCAUUACCGGCGGGGGCAUGCAGAGCUAUGGCUACACAUCCCAAAUGUACUCCAGCUCCAGUAAAGCAGUCAAGAAAGAGAGCAAGAAUGAGGAACCACCCCAGAAGACCGCAGCCAAGGUGUCCCAUGUUUAUGAGGAGACCAUUGUCACCACCAAGAAGACAGAGAAGCAGCCAGAAGCCAGCACUACCCCAACUACCCAGAAAAACUAA